CAGUGGCACUCCUCCCUACACGAGCUGCUACUGCUACCACAAGUACCCUCCCACCCCUCCUCCGCCGCCUCCACUCCACUCCUCGCUGGUUCGACCCCUAUUACCUAUUAAUUAAUCCAUAUCCCACCCAACCCUGCAUCCGUUUUCUUUUCGUCGCUUCUCCCUCGCCGCCCUGUAUGUUGGCUUCCCAAUGUUGUCCAUGCAGAACCUGUCGCCCUCGUUGCAGAAUCCACCCUCGCCCGUCGUGAAUGACCAUAGCGCCGUCGGACCGUUCCGCUUCACCUCGCUCUCCACUUUGAACAACUCCACCAGCAAUCCUUUUCACCACCACCACAACAACCCCUACCCGGGCGGUAGUGCCGUCGAAAGCCCUUCUUCCUCAGAUGACUCCCCCUCGCGAGACGACUCCGCCGACGAUGCUGCCGACAACCUGGUGAGCGGUUGGUCGCGGGACGCUCUAUCCCCCGAGGAGCCUUCAGAAUGCGUCGCGAAUCCGAGCAAACCUCUGCCUCGUCGGCAACGUCAGCGACGUCGGCAACUUUUGGCUUCACUGUCAUCAACGCGACCGAUGUGAUGGACGCCGACUCCCCCGAAAUGAUUCCCAAGAUCGAGGAGCUGGAGGAAGAGGGCGACGGGCUGCUGAAAGCGGGGGAGGACCGUACCGUCGACGAGGUAUCCACAACCGUCGUGAGUCUACCACGGAAACGAGGCCGACCGCGCAAACAUCCGUUGCCUGUACCAGGGGGCCAGGUCAAGAUUGCCAAGGGCCGCUCCAAGACCGGAUGUAUCACUUGUCGACGACGGAAGAAGAAGUGCGACGAGACGAAACCAGCCUGUCUGAACUGCCAGAAAAACGCCGUCGUUUGUGAGGGGUAUCCACCCAAGGAGAUCUGGAAGAGCGGCAAACAGAAGCUAGAGGAUGGUACGAUUCUUAUAUCCAGCUCUAGGCCCAGUUCUUUUUCGCUGGUGAAUUUGGCUAAUGCAAGCCCAACAGUACGGCGAGGUUCAAUGUCGCUUCUGCCAAAAGGUCUACCCAUCUUGAUCGAUGGGAUUGAAACUGAAAUCGAUCGCCGCUUCCUCGACCAUUUUGUCUUCGAAUUCAGCCGCGUGCUCACCCUCAUCAACGAUGAUUCCAAUCCCUUCAAAGAGAUUCUCCUUCCCAUGGCCACCCAACACCGAGGCUUGAUGCAUUCAUUGAUGUGCCUGUCUGGCUCCCACUUGUCCGCCCGAGAUCCAGAGCCUCGUUUCAAGGAGAGAAAGCACUAUCAUUUCGAUUGCGCCAUCACAGACCUCAGGGAAAGUAUCAACGCGGCCCCUGUCGCCGAUAAUUCCAACCAAGACCCCCAAUUGUUAGUAGAGGAUCCCAUCAUCGCCUCCACGCUAGCCUUGUGUCUCAACACCAUUUGUGAGGGGGAGACUAGUGGAGAGUACCGAUCUCAUAUGGAUGCAGCUCGCUAUCUUCUAGUCACCCAGAAGCCCAAGAACGAGAAAUUCAGGCAAUUCAUCGUUGAGUUCUUCCAGUAUCACGACGUUUCCAAUUCAAUCACCUCUCUCGAUAGACGACCUCUACCACUGGAUGGCGAAAUCCGCUUACCCGACUUUGUUCCCCAUGCACAGGCCGGCACCUUCUUAGGCAUCUUCGAUGGCUUAUUCAACCACAUCUCGGAAAUUACUCGGUUACGGGAUCGGAUCCGGCAACGACACAGUGUAGGAUAUGAACCGGCCGUGGACUACCAGACUCUAAGCGAAGCGGUGGCGAUUGACUCGGCUCUGCGUGUGUGGGAACCGACAUAUACCCCGGAAACCCCCAACUGGUACGCCUCGCAGCUAUAUCGUCAGUCGACUUGGGUCUACCUUUAUCGAACGAUCCGCCCCUCUCGACCUAGCGAGAAGAUCUCGCAGGUGGUUGAUGAUGCCCUCAAAUACUUGGACCUGUUGCCCCCGGAUGCCGGAGCAUUCAGUAUCAUGCUUAUGCCAUUAUUCCUCGUUGGCUGUUCUGCCUUCGAACUCCACCAGCGCGAGAGGAUUAAGAAAGGCUUUGAUUCUAUGAAAGAGUACUCCUUUCUACGAAAUAUCGAGCCAGCCCUUAAGGUUGUCGAACGCGUAUGGGAAGUCAUGGAUACAAAAAUGGAGGACAGCUGGGACUGGGAGAAGAUUAUUAACGAGAUGGAGAUGGAUUUCCUGAUCACUUGAAAGGAAAUCGACACAAUUGAAUUCGCCAUUAUGAUAAUGGCUAUGGGAUACGGGUCUACGAUUGAGCGUCUGGUGCAUUGCAUGGCAUAGGGUGUGGUUUUCUUUGUUUCAUUAUUC